AUGGUCCAAGAACUUGAAAUGACAGAUAUUGGAUUGAUGGCUCAUUUUCUCGGCAUUAAAGUGGCACAAAGAAAAUACGGAAUUUUUAUUUCCCAAAGUGGCUAUGUCGAGGAAAUUCUCAAGAGAUAUGGAAUGGAGAAUUGCAAUCCAGUGAACACUCCUAUAGACAGUGGAGUGGAGCUCAAAAAAGGUACAAAGGCAGGUGAUAUGGAUCCAACUUAUUUCGAGAGCUUAGUUGGAAGUCUUCGCUAUAUUACUUGCACCAAGCCAGACAUACUUUAUGUCGUAGGACUGAUUAGCAGAUAUAUGGAAACACCGGAUUAG